AUUUUUUAAAUAUAAAAAACGAGGAUUAAAAUCUAAACAAAUGGAUUCACCAAAGACUCCGGGUGGUAUAAGCAAAUCGCAUUUGACUUCGAUAAGACGUCUGGGUCUGUCGCGGAAAUGGAAGAAUUCUGGAGUUUCGCCGUUUGUUUCUCCGCUCGCUUCUAAUAAUCUUACGAAACCUGUGGAUAAUUCACAGGAGGAACCGAAGACAAGGAAGCGGAAACUAAGGUUAGACGAUGAAAACACAGAUCUUUCGCCGGUUGAUAAUGAUAAAAAUGAAAUGAAUGACAUUGUUAUUACACCGCCAGUUUGCAAAAAGCUACCAAAUACUAAUGAUAGCACUCCUAUUAGAAAGGCAACCCGAAAAAGAACUAGAACGAUACCUUACAAGGAUGAAGAGAGUGCAAUAAUUGUGAAAACUAUCCAAGAACAAAAUGUAAAUGAAAUAAAUGUAUCUAAAAGUUGUGAAGAAAAACAAAGCAGUCAAGGUAUUCAGCCAACACAUAAUUCAAUACAAGCAAUAGAUGUAGUGGAAAAAAAUGAAGAAAUUAGUGAAACUGAAAAUAUUCCUAUUAAUAAUAUUGAAGGGAGUAAAUUAAACGAAACAAGCAAUAAAUUGCCAAGUAAAUUGGUUAAAGAGUGUAUAGUUGUUAUACAAAAUAAAAUUUUAAAGAAGAAUGGAGAAAAAACUAUUCUAAAACCUGAAAUUUUGUCAGAUUCUGACAAUGAAGACAUCCCAUUAAGUCAUUUUAAUAAAAUAACAUCUAAAAAUAACAAUUCUGAUUGUGACUUUAAAAAUAAAGAAACUAAAAAGAAAACUAAAUCAAAAAGCAGUAAAAAUAGUUUAUCUACUAAUAACCACAAAGAAAUAAAAGGAAACAAAGAACAAAUCAAAUCAUCACAAAGUUCAAAUUCUUUUAGUGAUGAAGAUGAUGAUUUUCAAUUAAACAAGAAAACAAUAUUUCUACCAAAACAUAAAGACAAAAUUACUAAGCCUGUGAAAGCUAAAUCUACAGGUUCGAUAACACAAAAAGAUAUAGAUGAGUUGAAAGCUAGAAUUGAAAUGAAAAAGCAACUUUUAUUUGCGAAAGCUCAAAGUAAAGAUACUGAGGAGGUGAGAGGUUUAAUAAAGAAAUGGCGGAAAGGUUGCCAGGAUGCAUUAAUGGAACUUUUAGUUUUAAUGAAGAAGAAUUUACCUGAUCGUUCAGACAUGAACUAUGCUAAUAUAUUAGAAAUGUUAAAAAUACCAGCCUCUUACGUUGGUUAUGAUCCUGAAAAUGAUUGUUUUAGUACUCCCGAUGAUAAUAGUGUACUUGCUUCUAUAUUCAAUGAUUUGUAACAUAACUGUUUAUAAACUUAUAUAAAAACGGCUAAAACUUUCAGGUCUAUUUGUCUGUUAGUGGCACCAACUAGUUUCAAUCCCAUUGGGGCCCUUCAUUAAGGUGAGUGGGACUGGAAUUAUUUUGCGAACAUGGUCUGUCGCUCACUGACUGGAGGGACAUAUGUGAGUGGUUUAGCCAUUUUUAUAUAAUGUCUCACGUAAGUUUAAAUAAUUUAAUAACAGUUUAUCUUAAGGUUAUAUUAUAUAUUAACUAAGUAAGGUGAAGCAGUGACCCAAAGUGGGCCUUGGCCUCUGACAACAAAAGGCUCCAUUUUCUCCGAUCCUGCACCGUCCUAACCCAAUCCCGGACAUGUAGUAUAUAAUUUAAUAUUCUAUGUAAAAGUUCUUAUGAAAUAAAAGAGCCUCUUAGAGUCUAUUUCCACUUGGCAUUGACAUCAGUGGAAAUAAGUAUUAGUUCAUAAAAAGCAUGGUAUGUUUCAGUUCUGUAUUUACAGAUAUUUAAUUUAUUUUAAGAUG